UUGAACAAAAGAGGGAGAGAGAGGCGAGGUAGCAACAUAGCAAGCACAAGAGCGCAGUUUGACAUCCCACGGCGUGGUCUGUAGCCUAAUUUUACCGUUACCGUUACCGUUUACCAUAGCUUGUAUCAAAAGAAAAAGACAAUUUGGCGAAUUCUGGGUGGAGAUUUUAAUCGUAGCUUACUGAACUUGUGUUCUCUUUUCUCGCACGUUGCAUUUUCUGUAAUAUUUGGAAUUGUGAUCAAGAAAAGCAAAAUGUUAAGGAUAAUGUUUCAUGCCACUCAAUAAGAUCAGUUGAAGAAGAUCAAAAGUCCAAUCAAGACCAAUCAUCAAACAGGCCCAAACUACCAGUGAAAACAACAUCGUCCGCAUUCUGCCAUGGCUUCCAACACCAAUGCUGCCCCUAGUGGAGUGGAGGGAGAACAGCAGCCAGAACAGACUAUCACCUCCCAGCCAACCAGCGCUGAGCACCAAGAGACAGCCCAUGACUUCAGCCAAUCGGAAUGCAAAGACCACUUGGCAGUAAUCAGCGAGAAGAUGGAGACCAGUAAUGGAAUGUGUGCUGCCGACUCCUCGCCCACAUCUUCCAUCUCGUCCCCCAAGCGACUGCAACACGCAAAACCAACCAACGGCCGGGCGCGGAAAGGAAGCCGCUCUGGGUCCCUGCUGGGUCAUGGGGCAGGGUCUCCCAGGCCUUCCAUCAGCCGUCAGCCCAGCACCGUGACAGAGGAGGACAACGGCAAGCCCCCUAGGGACUACCUGAUCCUGGCCAUCCUGUCCUGCUUCUGUCCCUUGUGGCCCAUCAACAUCGUGGCUCUCGUCUUCUCUGUUAUGUCGAGGAACAGCCUGCAGCUGGGGAACGUUGACGGGGCGCGGCGUCUGGGCCGGAACGCAAUGGUGCUGUCCAUCGUCUCGCUAGUUGGCGGGGUCAUCAUCAUCAUCGCUGCCAUCGUCUUAAACUGGGGAAGUAUAAUAAAAUCCUGAUGGUCACCAUGGAUACCAGGAGCAAGAUCACAAGACAGCACACAAACAACCAUCCCAACCAGACUUUUCCCCUUUCCUACGAUCAAAACAUUAUUCUACAAAAGCACCUGCAACCUACAGUAUAGUCCCUCGUCCUUUUUGUUUUGCUGCACGAGCAUGUAUGGCCUGUAAUAUGUUCUCUGAAACGGAUAGACAAGUCCCUCAUCUCUAGCUCCUACACCACGGACCCCAACGCUGCCACCAGUGGUGUAAUUCACGGUAAACGUAUGUAAACGCCGGAAACGCACGUAUUUCAUUUUGCUCGAGUGUUUACCCACCUUUUGCAGACAAAUGCAUUAUUGACCGCGAACAGUGAUCAGGAGUUACCCGCCUAUUUUUGUUGACCACUCUUCACUGGCUGCCGCCAUCACUCAGAAAGUCGAAGGCGUCAUGUUGAACAACGCUGAGGUAGGGAUAGACAGUGACAACCAGACUGGUUCCUCUGAAUAAGAGAGACACGUCUAACUCUGGUCAAUGAUGCCAUGAUCCUCUGCAAUGGUUGCAUGAGUCUCUCAGACUGUAUUCAAAGUCUCUGCAUAGUUUUCUGCUCUCCUCCCGAGCUGCUCUUCCCAGGCUGCUCCUCCCAGGCUGCUCCUCCCGAGCUGCUCCUCCCAGGCUGCUCCUCCCAGGCUGCUCCUCCCGAGCUGCUCUUCCCAGGCUGCUCCUCCCAGGCUGCUCCUCCCGAGCUGCUCCUCCCAGGCUGCUCCUCCCGAGCUGCUCCUCCAGGCUGCUCCUCCCAGGCUGCUCCUCCCAGACUGCUCCUCCCAGACUGCUCCUCCCGAGCUGCUCCUCCAGGCUGCUCCUCCCAGGCUGCUCCUCCCAGACUGCUCCUCCCGAGCGGCUCCUCCCAGACUGCUCCUCCCGAGCUGCUCCGAACGUGACAAAACACUGUGUCGCCGGGAAAGGACAUCUGCUUUUCUCUGUACUGGGAUUAUUUUCUUCCACGGUACCAUUCAUCUCCAGUCAGUCCACACCACUGUAACACAACCAAGGGAUCCUUUUAACUGUCAGAAACCAUCUCACACUAUGGGAAGCAAGUUAAAGAAGUCAAAGGGAGAGUUAGGGAGGGAGGUGACAGGAUUGGAAUUGAUCUUUGAUCAAUGUGAUGAUGUUGAUGGGGGGGGGGGGGCUUUUUUUGUUCUGAAUUUGUUCCAUAUCGUUCUUUUCUGUAAAGGGAGGGAGGAGUUAGAGACAAAUGGGACCAUCUGUAGUUUGAUUUAGGAAAAAACCUGAGGUCUCCAUCUAUCUUUGCUUCAUCGUCUUCGUUUAAAAAUACCUAGAAUCUGGGGAGAAUGAGCCACUCUGGGUUGGGGAUUGAGGCAGGGCUGGUAACUCGCAUGCACUCUAAAACACACUUGCUUACCCCCCCCCCCGCACAAACGCACACACACACAAACAUCCGUACGGCAGAAUGUGAGGGAAGACAGAUGUACGCAGUUACACACAGAGACACAGGCAGGCACACCCAUACGGCGGAAUGACAUUCUCAUUGGCUGAGAGAAGGAGGGAGAUAAAGAACAGGAGAGGAGAAGAGGGAGGGGAGGAUUGGGGAUAGCUGCAUGGGCUUCAAGUCCUUUGUUUGGCACAGAUAGAGGCAAAGAGGAUGUGUGUGUGUGUGUGUGUGUGUGUGUGUGUGUGUGUGUGUGUGUGUGUGUGUGUGUGUGUGUGUGUGUGUGUGUGUGUGUGUGUGUGUGUGUGUGUGUGUG